AUGGCACAACAGAUGAAGCGCAAGAAGACAUCACUCGAAACCACAGAUGAUGGCAAUGAAGACGAAGACACACAACACCCACAGAUUUACGCGAAGAACUCUUUGGACAGAUUCGGUGAUGACUUGUAUGAAGUAUUGUUGUCUUAUCUCUCACUCGAAGACCGAUUCCGUUGCGAAUGUGUGUCCAAACAGUUCCAGAGGACAGUCUUCGGGAGUGUUGUGGACAUCACUCUUAGCGAUGAAUUAAUGCAGAGAUUACUGAAUGCGAAGAGAAGUGACGUUCAAUUGUUGGCCACAAUUGCCAUAAAGUGUCCGAAGAUUCAGUGCAUUGACUGCCGAGGAAUAGACUAUGGAUACGAAGAACUCAUUCCGGAAGUAUUGAACACAUUUCGAGACAAUUGCCGGCAUUUAAGGGAAAUAUAUUGUGAUUUGACGUCAAAAAGUGCGCAAACAAUGCCAUCGUUGGGACCACUGGUCACACGAAUCGGUGGUAUUAACUGCUAUACAGACAGUGAAGCGAUCACUCAUUGCCACCGAUUGUCACAAUUAAGGAUCAAAUCCUUUCACGACAUCACUGACUAUAUAUUGAAUACACUGUUUGGCAAUAAUUUGCAUAAAUUGGUGUUAAGAUCACAUUCAGACCGUUUUAACGACCGAUUGUCUGCAUUCGUGGCACAGAAUCAGUCGCUCCAGUGUUUGGCCUUAAAGUCGUCUUAUUUUUAUACUUCAGUGUCUGUGAAUGAAAUGUGCGGACAAUUGUCACGAUUAACACAAUUACGGGAAUUGACACUCGGGUUAGUGUUUCGAGAAAUGGAUGACCAGAUGUAUGCAACUUUGAACCAGUCUUUGCGUACAAUUGGUGUGAAUUGCAAACAAUUGAAACGAUUGUCACUCCAAUUGAACUCUUCUACUAAACCAGUCCUUCAGCUAUCAUUAGAUUCGUUAGGAGUUUAUCGCCAUUUAAAACGAUUACAUAUAACAGCGUAUGCGGCCAUCGAUGACCUGUUGUUGGAUCCGUUGCGACACUGCAAGAGAUUAACGCAUUUAGAGUUAGAUUUAUUUCAAAUGAAACCAAAUGUGUUGAAAGAUAUGCACAUUAAGUGUCCGCGACUUCAGUAUCUAUUCAUUGGUAACUUUUUUAACAUUACUCGCGAGUGUUUGUCUUACAUCUCAAGACUACCGGCGCUGCAAACGCUUGUCAUUCAAUGCAAGGGAAUCAAUGGUCUCUCGGAUAAUGACUUCUCGGAUCUGUUGUCCAGAACGAUUACUUCGGCGACACUUGUGGUGAUGUCUGCGGCACAGGACGAGGGAAGUGAUGGAGAUUCUGGAGGAUUGUUGGGCCCAGUGUUAGGCCCACUUGGUAUCCCACCAAUCAAUUUGCCCCCGGUAUCAUUGAGUCUGAGAAAGCGGCGUUCAAAUAUCAACUAG